UGGCAAUCGGGAAAUACUCUCUGUUUUUGCAAAUCCUCCAAAUCUCAUUCGUUCAAUCAAUGCUCUCACAGCAUCUGUUUGUUUUGAUUUUUGGAUAAAUCCAUAUAUUCUCAUUUACGUUUGUAGAUUUUUCUCUAAUCCCUCGCACGCCACAGCUCCCCUAAAAUAUCGCUUGGCCAACUUGCUCUAUCGUCUCCAUGUGGCCCUUUUACUCGCUUCCUCUGCUGCUAAAACAUAUCACUCUUCACUCUCUUCGAUUUCUCUUCGAAUGUUAACCUUCUCUGGAGAUCUACAUUUUUCUCAAUCAUCUGGCUUUGUUGCAAAACAACGAUAUGCCGGGAAACAAAUACAAUGGCACCCCUGUUACACCCAGAACUAGAUUGGAAAGGCUUCUGCUCAAUAGGGAGCUUCGGAAGUUCAACAGGUUUUUCAAUCCUAGUGAUGAGUUAGACGAUGGUCUCAAAGAAGCUGAGCUCUUUGCAAAUGAUUCAGUUUUAAACAAAGAUGAAAAUUGUGGUCCAUUUAAUGAGGAAACAUUUUCAGAAGGAGUUGAUGGAUCUGAACGGCUGCACAAACAACGCUUAUUGGUGGUUGCCAACAGGUUACCAGUCUCUGCAGUUAGGAAGGGUGAGGAUUCAUGGCAACUUGAGAUGAGUGUUGGGGGGCUAGUCAGCGCACUUUUGGGGGUGAAGGAGUUUGAUGCCAGAUGGAUUGGUUGGGCUGGUGUAAAUGUACCUGAUGAAAUUGGACAAAAAGCAUUAACUACAGCUUUGGCUGAAAAGAGGUGCAUCCCAGUUUUUCUUGAUGAGGAUAUUGUCCAUCAAUAUUAUAAUGGCUAUUGUAACAACAUGCUCUGGCCACUUUUCCAUUAUCUUGGACUUCCACAAGAAGACCGCCUUGCAACUACCCGAAGUUUUCAGUCUCAGUUUGAUGCAUAUAAGAAGGCCAACCAAAUGUUUGCUGAUGUCGUAAACAAACAUUAUAAGGAGGGAGAUGUUGUUUGGUGCCAUGAUUACCACCUAAUGUUUCUUCCCAAAUGUCUGAAAGAAUAUAACAGUAAAAUGAAAGUUGGUUGGUUCCUCCACACACCCUUUCCUUCAUCAGAAAUACAUAGGAUGCUGCCAUCUCGUUCAGAAUUGUUGAGAUCUGUUCUUGCUGCUGAUUUAGUUGGUUUCCAUACUUACGACUAUGCAAGGCACUUUGUAAGUGCUUGCACACGUAUUCUUGGACUUGAGGGUACACCUGAAGGAGUAGAGGAUCAGGGAAAGCUGACUCGUGUAGCUGCGUUUCCUAUUGGGAUAGAUUCUGAACGGUUCAUUAGAGCCCUGGAACUCCCUCAGGUCCAGGAUCACAUAAAAGAACUCAAGGAAAGAUUUGCUGGCAGAAAGGUAAUGUUAGGUGUUGAUCGUCUUGAUAUGAUCAAAGGAAUUCCACAAAAGAUUUUGGCAUUUGAAGAGUUCCUUGAGGAAAAUCCAGAAUGGCGUGAUAAAGUAGUUUUGCUGCAAAUUGCUGUGCCAACAAGGACGGAUGUUCCUGAAUAUCAAAAGCUUACGAGUCAGGUUCAUGAGAUUGUUGGACGCAUCAAUGGAAGAUUUGGAACUCUUACUGCUGUCCCAAUCCAUCAUCUGGAUCGAUCUCUUGAUUUUCAUGCCUUGUGUGCACUGUAUGCUGUUACUGAUGUGGCACUGGUUACAUCUUUAAGGGAUGGAAUGAAUCUUGUCAGUUAUGAGUUUGUUGCUUGCCAAGCUUCCAAGAAAGGGGUACUCAUCUUGAGUGAGUUUGCAGGUGCAGCACAGUCUCUUGGUGCAGGGGCUAUCUUGGUGAAUCCUUGGAAUAUUUCAGAAGUUGCUUCUUCAAUCGGUUAUGCUUUGAACAUGCCAGCUGACGAAAGAGAAAAGAGGCACAACCAUAACUUCAGGCACGUGACAACUCACACGUCACAAGAGUGGGCUGCAACGUUUGUGAGUGAACUCAAUGAUACCAUUGUUGAAGCUCAAUUAAGGACAAGACAAGUUCUGCCCUUGCUUCCUGUCAACGAUGCAGUUGAACGAUAUACGCAAUCUAGUAAUCGUUUGCUUAUUCUGGGGUUCAAUGCUACUCUAACUGAACCAGUGCACACCCUUGGUAGACGGGGUAGUCAAAUUAGAGAAAUGGAACCCAGAUUGCACCCACAAUUAAAAGAACCCUUGAAGAAACUUUGCAAGGAUCAAAUGACAACUGUUGUUGUCCUCAGUGGAAGUGACAGAACCAUUCUGGAUGAAAACUUUGGAGAAUACAAUAUGUGGUUGGCAGCGGAAAAUGGGAUGUUUUUACGCCGUACAACUGGAAAAUGGAUGACAACAAUGCCAGAAAAUCUCAAUAUGGAUUGGGUCGACAGUGUAAAGCAUGUUUUCGAGUAUUUUACAGAAAGAACACCUCGAUCUCACUUUGAGCUCCGUGAAACCUCUCUCUUAUGGAAUUACAAGUAUGCAGAUGUUGAGUUCGGAAGACUUCAAGCAAGGGAUAUGUUGCAGCAUCUCUGGACAGGGCCUAUUUCAAAUGCAGCAGUCGAUGUUGUUCAAGGUCGCCGCUCAGUUGAGGUUCGAGCAGUCGGUGUUACAAAGGGUGCAGCAAUAGAUCGUAUUUUAGGAGAAAUAGUACAUAACCAAGGCAUGAAGGCACCCAUAGAUUAUGUCCUCUGUGUUGGCCAUUUUCUGGUGAAGGAUGAAGAUAUCUAUACGUUUUUUGAGCCAGAGCUUCCUAUUGAAACACCUCCUAUAGUAAGAUGCAGAUUACCAGAACCUGUUGGUUUACCUGUCCCAAAGAUUCCCUGUGGAAGAAGCCGUUCCAAGACUCACCUCAAGAAACAACGCUCCUUGUCAACUUUAGAAGGGAAUUAUCUGGGAAGUGGUGGAUGGCGACCAAUGGUUGAUGACAGAAUCUCAGUGCAUGAGGGUUCUUCAGUACUUGAUCUUAAGGGGGAGAACUACUUUUCUUGUGCUGUCUCAAGGAAGAGAUCAAAUGCUCGAUAUCUCCUUGGAACUACAGAUGAUGUUGUCACGCUCUUAAAGCAGCUGGCGGAUUGUCUUCAUUAAGUUGAUUGAUCUUGCUCAUGCCUUGAACUUAGAGGUUUGAGAUCCAAAUAAAGGAGCUAGAGAAGGAACGUUGAUUGUGGAUAAUUUGAAUCGUCUUUCUACUUGCGUACAAAAAAUUUUGGAUAGUAAAUUCAAAAAUUUUGGAUAAUUUGAAUUGGAGUCAGAUCAUAUAACAGAUAUAAGCAACAACAGAGUAAUGAUGAGAAGAACUCAUUAUGCCAUUCUUCAAAUAACAAUUUGAAUGAAGCAAAAAAUCUCAGAUUAUACUUUGGAAAUUGAAAUUAAAUUCCUUUCCUUUUGGAUUUUGAUGGGAAAAUCUAUCAGGAUGAUAGAUUGACUUUGUUAUGAUGCAACAUUAUUCUUACAAGUCAAUGAUUGAAAUCCUUUAUUGUAGUUC